AUCCUGGCAGAUCUGCGAACAGCUCAAUUUCUCUGCGUGGCCAAGACCUUGGCAUUCAACGUCGUCCAAUUCACUACUCCAGCGACACCAGACGACCUAUAACGAGGACCCAUACGGAGGUACCUUCCAAGCAUACACCGCACGCCGAAGAGCUUUGAUAUUGCACAGAGCCCGAACCUUUCUAAACUGUCGGCUCAGCAAUGUCUGCCCAAGAAUAUUACCAACAAGGCCCGGCACCCAACGGCUACGGCGGCCAGGCGCAGUACCCGCAGUCGUACCCUCAGCAGUACCCUCAGCAAUACCCUCAACAGCCGCAGCCUGUAUAUGGUGGCCCGCCACCCCAGCAGGGCUAUUAUCCCCCCCCAGGUCAAAUGCAGUACCAGGAGCAGCCGCGUCAGCACAGGAGUGGCGGCGGCGACAGUUGUCUCAAGGGCUGUUUAGCCGCGCUAUGUUGUUGCUUCGUUUGCGAGGAGGGAUGUGAAUGCUGUGCGGACUGCUGCGAGUGUUGUCUGGAGUUCUGCUGAAUACACCCAAGAGUCUCUCCACGGCGAAGAAGGUUCUGCGGAGGCUGUCGAUCGGGGACCGCCGCCUCCAUACCGACCGACCCAUGUAUGUACGUUGAACAUGGAGGCGCCUUAGAUGGGCACUUUUCAGUUACCUAUCAAGGUCUCUUUGUAGUUAAUACCUACCGGGUAGGUAAAGAAAUGUCAAACUCGAGAGUUCUCUUAUAA